AUGAACCAAUCCUCAUCACCAUCAGUUGUGGUCGUAAUGGUUCCCUUCCCAGCUCAGAGCCAUCUCAACCAGCUCUUGCAACUCUCUCACCUCAUCAUUUCCUCCAACAACAAUCUUCCAAUUCACUACUUAGCCUCCCCAGCCCACAAUUCCCAGGUCAAAUCACGUUCACUCGUAACAAAUUAUGCUAAUAACUCGAACCCUAACUUUGUCUUCAAUACCAAAAUCAUUUUCCAUGACCUUCCAAUUCCUCUCCCAAGUCUUCUUCCCACCACUUCCCCAGACCUCCUCCACAAACCAAUGGCGGCUCUUCUCCAUUCCCUCGCGCCCACCGCUACAAGACUCGUCAUCCUUUCACUACUUUCACCCUUCAAUGGGAGUCCAUCGGAAGAGUUGGGUUAUAAGCUUCCAUGUCGUGAUGAAUGUUUUCCACCUGACAUCAACAGGUACCUCGAUCAUCGUGCUCGGUGUAUGAAACCCCGAGGUAACGGAUACAUCAGUAACUCUUGUCGAUCAAUUGAAGCGGCUUUCUUGGAUCUUUUAGAGAAUGAUAAAGAGCUUUUAGGCGGAAAAAAGAUAUGGGCAGUUGGGCCAUUGAACCCUGUCACGUUAGAAUUAGUGAAUUAUAGACAAGAAGACAAGUGCUUGGAGUGGUUGGACCAGCAAGAAGUAAACUCUGCCUUGUACAUUUCUUUUGGAACAACAAUUACACUCAAAGAUGAAGAAAUAAAACAGAUGGCUCUUGGGUUAGAGCAAAGUGGGAUAAAGUUUAUCUGGGUAUUGAGAGCUGCUGGUGAUCAAGAAGAUGUCAAAAGAGCUCAACUACUUCCAAACGGGUUUGAGGAGAGAGUGAAAGGAAUGGGGAUGGUGGUGAGAGAUUGGGCGCCCCAAAUGAAGAUUUUGGGGCACUCAUCAACUGGUGGGUUUUUGAGUCACUGUGGAUGGAACUCUUGUAUGGAGAGCAUUUCCAUGGGAGUGCCCAUGGCGGUUUGGCCAAUGAAAUCGGAUCAGCCAAGGAAUGCUGUGCUAAUCACACUAGUGCUCAAAGUGGGGUUCGUUGUUAGAGAAUGGGAGAAAAGAGAGGAGCUAGUGAGUUCAUCAAGGAUUAGUGAUGUUGUGGAGAUAUUGAUGAAGUCGGAGGAAGGAAAUGAGGUGAGGAAAAGGGCUGAGGAAUUGGGUUAUGAAGUUAGAAAGUCAGUUGAAGAAGGAGUUACUCGCAAGGAGUGGGAUUCCUUCAUUGCUCAUAUCACUAGGGAAACGUGUUGAUCUUUAAGACAAGCCGCACUGCUCUAGAGAGUAAUUUAUCGUCAUGAAUUCAGGUACGCUUCCGUUUAUUGGCAUAUUGAUUCUUGGUGAUCCAAGAGGAACGUUUCUUGGAUUUCAAGUAAUGGUUUUCACAGAAGGAUAUUUCCUAACACAUCACCAGAGAGUGCUAAUUCAUCUGAAGAAAUUAUUUGGGCGUUGAACUUUAGCUACUGGUUAUUAAGAGAUAUUACUCUCCUAUGUAAGACAUUCCAGUACCAUUAUAAUUAUUGCUGUUAUGUUCUUGCAGUUGAUUUGUUUCUUUACGUAAGACAUUCCAAUGCUUUUUGUACCAUUAUAUUUGCUGUUGUUCGAUCUGUUGUUAUUGAUUCAGAAUUCUUC